ACAUUGGCAACACCAGAGCGCGACCAGUUAUCCUUUGUACUUCACCGCAAGAUGAUUGGUCGUUCGAUUUGGGACAGUGUCCACCACUGGUGUCAGGUUACCGCCAACAAGGUCAACCACGCAUGGUCCGGCGAAGGAAACGACUGUUUCCACGUGUUGGAUCUGUUGCUCCAUCUUGCAGGGGUUCCCAACGGGAUGACAUCUAAGUACGAGUGGGAAACUAAUGUUCGCUACUUUCUGCAUGCCCUGUAUGCUUUCCAAACAUUCAUAGCAGUUUUGCAGACCAAACAUGUGCUGGAACGGGAUAACGUGUUUGACGUUUUCGUCGAAGUCAUGAAAUGGACGUUCUUCAUUGUUGCCUACUGCAAAAUGUUGAUCAUGAUUCGGCUGGGACGAUCAGUAGCGGCCGUCCGGAGUUUCAUCACCAGUAAGCAAAUGCAGUCUGGGGAUGCGGCCUUCGAUGAGCUUCAGCGAAUCAAAUUCAAGCGAACUGCUCUUUUGCUACUGCGAGUUUUGUUUGUGCUGAUGGCUAUGGAUUCAGUUUGCCUUUCUGUUCCGAGCGCUGCAACGGCGAUUGUAUUUUUUGUUCCUCCCGAAAUGAGCCAAGGUGGACGCACAGUUACGUUGAUUAUCCAUUUCUUCGGUAUAAGCGUUAUGCCUUUUCUGAUUCUCUGUAAAUUUUCUUGUAACAUGGCGACCGUUGGAAUGCUUCUUUUGGGAAUGCAAGCCAACAUUAAAAUUUUAGCCAAUCGCUACGUUAACAUACUGGAUCGACGCUUAGAUGAGAAAUAUUACUUGGAGCAGUUGGAUCGAGAAGUGCGGAGCGCCGUCGAUCAACAGAUGGAUUACUGGAGACAUCUCCACAUCUUGAGAAAAAUAGUUGAGAGAACGUUUUUCCUGGUGCAUUACUAUGCCAUUUUCAGCAUUGGAGGGUUUUACUACAUUACUCAAAAUAUCGGUGUAAAUGCAUUCUCGAUACUUCUGAUGGCAACUACUCCGAUAUUCCUGGUGGAAUACUACUUAUGGUGCAAUUUGGUGGAAUCAAUUCAGGACGAGGCAGAGACCAUUGGAUACGUGAUGUUCGAGUUGUGUUCCCGGAUACCUUAUACUCGCGAUCAACACUCGGCUUACGUUCGUUUGAAGUCUAACAUGUUGAUAUUGUGGACCAACAGCUGCAAUAUACGAGCUAUGCGAUGUCUGGGGCUGUUCGACAUAUCUACGCUGGCGUUUGUCGAUUUGGUUAACGUGAGCUACUCGGUUUUGAUGUUUCUGAUCAACAUGAGUUAAACGAGCGACUUGUGAUGGAAGUUCUUAAUACUUUUUCGUUUUUGAUCUAAAUGAAGCUUUUCGAGCGACAUUGCAAUUUUUU